AAUAGCUCGAACAAAAGUCACUCAUCUAAGAGUGAUAAUGAGUCAGUCUCUACACAGGUUGCUUGCUCGAUAAAUCGUUAUAAAGGCGUGACACUAGCCCUGCUUUCAACAAUAAUCCUGUCUUUUGCGACAUUAACGGUGGCACUCCUAAGUGGAAGAGUGUCAUCCAACGAGGUGGUCUUUGCACAGAUGCUUGUUGAAUUGUUGCUGUGCUUGCCAUUAGCCACCCUAGAAAGGGUGUCUGUUAUUCUUUCAGGGAAGGCUCUCUACCUUGUCUUGGUUCGCUCUAUAAUGGGAUCAAUCGGCACGACACUGGCUUUCUUUGCUUUUCAGGUAAUGCCAAUCGGCAACGCUAAAGCGAUCAUCUACACUUCACCAGUAUUCACCGGACUCUUCAGUUGCAUAUUGCUUCAUGAAGCUUGCCCUGCCUUGGACAUUCUGUUAUCCGCCUUGACACUGUCCGGUGUUCUAUUGGUCAUCCAGCCGCCUUUUAUAUUCGGAGGAGAACAGACAUCCACGAACAUCCUAGGACCGAUAUUUUGCCUCAUUGUUGCAGCUUUGGCCGGUCUUGUCUUCAUUAGCCUUCGGAAGAUCGGAUCGUAUCGGAUCCAUCCAAUUGUGAUCUUGAUAUAUUUUUCGUCCGUUGGAAUGGUAAUGAGUGCAGUUCUUUCUAGUGCCCUCCGCGAGUGGGUCAUACCACGAUGUGGCAGAGACCGUAUACUGCUUAUUCUCACAGGAGCUCUCCUGUUGAUGUCCCAAAUCUGUCUAACUCUGGCGCUGAGAUACGAGAAAGCUACGACCGUCUCUCUCAUCAGGACGUGCGACGUCCUUUUUACGUUUAUCCUAGACUAUUUGUUCUUCGCGAUUAUCCCAAAUGCCAUAACGAUAUCUGGCGCGCUGUUGAUCGUUGGCAGUCUCGUUGGAAUCACCCUUCACAAGUGGCAAACGGAAAAGAAGGCAUCGGCAAAAGCUUCUGAAGAGCAGACGCCAAAACCAGAACUCAAUGAAGGAUUCAGUGGUGACAACGUGUCGAUAACAAGUUCAAGAGAGGCAUAAUACAUUGAUGACAAGAACUUGGAGAACUUUAACAGAAAUACUUCUCACUCCAGCAUCGAGAUAUCCAUCGCUUUGACUCGGAGUUUAAUAAUCAUGGAUGUUCAUAAUCUUCCCAAGACUGAAAGAACUCGAAGCCAAAGUGAGAUCUUGAGACACCGUUCUUCAUUAGUAAUCUCAAGAACUCUUGAUUCACAAAAUCGGACCAGCAGCGAUCCUUGCCUAAACCCGAAUGGACCUUUUACCCCUUCAACGAUUUGCAACGCAGCAUACGACAAUUUUGGGGAGCUUGAUGAAAUCAACAACAUCAACGCUGAAAAUUUGACUUCAGAUUGGAGCGAUCCUUUAGACUUCGAAAGCUCGAUCAAAAGUCAUUCAUCUAAGAGUAACAAUGAGUCAGUCUCUACACAGUUUGAUUGCUCGAUAAAUCGUUAUAAAGGCGUGACACUAGCCCUGCUUUCAACAAUAAUCCUGUCGUUUGCAACAUUAACGGUGGCACUCCUAAGUGGAAGAGUGUCAUCCAACGAGGUGGUCUUUGCACAGAUGUUUGUUGAAUUGUUGUUCUGCUUGCCAUUAGCAGCCCUAGAAAGGGUGUCUGUUAUUAUUUCAGGGAAGGCUCUUUACCUUGUCCUGUUUCGCUCUAUAAUGGGAUCAAUCGGCACGACACUGGCUUUUUUUGCUUUUCAGGUAAUGCCAAUCGGCAACGCUAAAGCGAUCAUCUACACUUCACCAGUAUUCACCGGACUCUUCAGUUGCAUAUUGCUUCGUGAAGCUUGUCCUGCCCUGGACAUUUUGUUAUCCGCCUUGACACUGUCCGGUGUUCUGUUGGUCAUCCAGCCGCCGUUUAUCUUCGGAGGAGAACAGACAUCCACGAACAUCCUGGGACCGAUCUUUUGCCUCAUUGUUGCAGCUAUGGUCGGCCUUGUCUUCAUUAGCCUUCGGAAGAUCGGAUCGUACCGGAUCCAUCCAAUUGUAAUCUUGAUAUAUUUUUCGUCCGUUGGAAUGGUAAUGAGUGCAGUCUUGUCUAGUGCCCUCCGCGAGUGGGUCAUACCACGAUGUGGCAGAGACCGUAUACUGCUUAUUCUCACAGGAGCUCUCCAGUUGAUGGCCCAAAUCUGUCUAACUCUGGCGCUGAGAUACGAGAAAGCUACGACCGUCUCUCUCAUCAGGACGUCCGACGUCCUUUUUACGUUUAUCCUAGACUAUUUGUUCUUCGCGAUUAUCCCAAAUGCCAUAACAAUAUCUGGCGCGCUGUUGAUUGUUGGCAGUCUCGUUGGAAUCACCCUUCGCAAGUGGCAAACGGAAAAGAAGGCAUUGGGAAAAGCUUCUGAAGAGCAGACGCCAAAACCAGAACACAAUGAAGGAUUCAGUGGUGACAACGAGUCGAUAACAAGUUCAAGAGAGGCAUAAUACAUUUAAAUCAAAUGACAAGAACUUUGAGAACUUUAACAGUUAAAAUGUAUAGUUAUUAUACAGUCCGUGCCAGAAAAAAAACACAACAAAACAAAACUAAGAAUUUUCGGUGAUUUAUCCAAACGUAAUCACAAAGACACUUGACCUAUCAAAGUAAAGCUUUGAAUCUUCUCUUUCUCCUGAUAUAACUCAGAUAAGUAACGAGAAAAAACAUAUUUAAAACCACCUAAAAGUCACUUAUUCGGUGGUAUGCCUAAAAAUUCAAUAUCUACUCUUUAUAAUGCGCAUCCUACAGCACAGAACAUUUUCAAGAUCAAAGUUCUGUUCAUUAAUAUAAUGCUUUAAUUUCAAUAAUGUAAUAAUGGGGACGUUUUACAGACGAGCUGCCUGAAUUUUUCAACACUCGGUUUUGUUGACGAUCAGCCAUGCAUAGUCUGGAAAUCCGCGAAAACAUAUUUGCUUAAAGAAAUGGUGGAAAUGUGGGUAUUAUAUCAAAGAAACAGAUCUUUGUUAGUUGGGGUUUGUGACUUUCCCCUAGAAUUAAUUGAUCUGUUUCUUAUAAGUUAUUAAUGAUUAAUGCAUAUAAUGAAUUAAUGGGAAAACGAAUACGACAAGGGAAAGAAAAGGGAUGAUUAAUGUAAAAUUAAAUGUGCUAUGCUUUAUUUUUAUUAAAUCCUUUGAUCAAAUCGAAGAAAAAAUUGUGUGUUUGGUUGCAAGAUGAGUCCCCUAUCCUUCCUUAUUAAUGGAACACGGUCAUCGAUGUAAAUCACUAUGAACGAAUACAGUCCACUGGAAGAAACAUUUGCAUUUGAGUAGGUAAUACAACGUUGGUAAUACCCGGACGCUAAUAUUAGGGUCCCCUAACACAAAAGUUAACGCUUAAUCAUACACUUGAUUUUUAAGAUUGAUUUACAUUAUAGUCAAUAGAAUCAAACGUAGAAAACUGCUCUACAAUCAAUGCUAAGCUUUGUGUUACAGGGGGGUUACAGGCCCCACAGAUCUGCUUUUCGUGUGCAAAAUUCUUUCCCGCGACACCCGCAUCAUACAUGCAUGUACAUUACGACUGAUGGCUGGAGAUAUUCGAAAUGCAGGACCUACAAAAGAUUAUGACAUGGAUAAGAAAGUAGUUUUUCAAACAAAUCGAGUACAUAUUGAGUAAGGAAAAAGUUACUGAAUUAAGACUUAGAUAUAGAUCAUUACAGUCCAUCGAAUCGGUAUUGCAUUUAAUGUGGAUUAUUGGUGGAUCACUGGUAAUUGAUUCCAUGGGUCAGAUCACCAGUGGCGUAACAGGCGGGGGGGGGGGGGGGCAGGGGGGGGGGCAAGCUGCCCCCCUGGCGGAUUUCACCGGGAAAAUAAAAUAAAAACGGGAAAAAGAUAUUUAAAAAAAGGAGGGAGAAAGAAAGGAAAAGGGGAAGAAGAGGGGAAAAGGAAAGGAGGAAAAGGGAAGGGAAAAAGCGAAAAGAAAACGAAGAAAACUUUUUUU